GGGUGCAUGCUGUAUUGGGGUGAUGAUAAGGAGUUAACCCAAUGCAAAUUGUGUCAGCAACCAAGGUUGACUAGCUCAGAUGUAUGUGCUAGAAAAAUUACUAAGUUUUUCAAAGAAAGAAUAGAUCCUAAUGGUUAUGCAUGGGGACAACUUAGUGUUGAGACAGUUGAAUUUUAUUGGGAAGAAUUCAAGAAAUUUUUUGAGUGGGAUGCUACUAAAACUGCUGUAGUGUAUAAUGCUUGGGAGAUAAAGGCUAAAAGAAGAUAUGCUGAUUACAUAAGCAGAAUAAGGAAAAAGCUAAGACCUCCCUAUGUCCCACCAGAAAUAUGGAUAAAAUGGAAUGAUGUUUGGAAUUCUGAGGAGGGAAAGAAGAAAACAGAAUUGGCUAAGAAAAAUAGGCGUGGAGGAGUUUUAACUGGAGUUGCUCAAUCUACCCAUACCACAGGAUCAACACCUCACGUAAAAGUUGCAGCUCAACUUGAAGGACAAUUGGGUCAUUGUCCAUCGUAUUAUGAACUGUUCAGGCAUACACAUACCAAACAACACGAUGGGCAAACAUUCAUAGCUGAAAAAGCCAAACAAAUUCAUGAACAAGUUGAAUCGCAACGGGAGAUGUUGGCAGAAAAUGGGGAGCAAGUGGAUGACAAUCAAUUAUACUAUGACGCGGUUGGUGGACACGAUAAGAAAAGAAGAGUUUAUGGACUUGGUUCAUAUGGUUGUUCUGUUGUUCAUGGUCCAACUAAUGAUAACACUUCUGGCAAUAUGACACCAACAUCGCGACCACCCGACAAUACUACUUCUACUUCUGCAAAUGUACAACAUGAAAUUCAGAGUUUGAAGGAAACUAUUCUCCUUAUGCAACAAAGACUUGAUGCUAUUGAUGGCGGGAGAGCGGGUACUUCAUCAUCACCUCCAUCUCAAAUCAAUUGAUUUUAAUGGUUGUUUGUUAAUUUUGUUUAGACUUGAAUUGACUAUUAUAUUAUGUAUUAAGUGUGGAUUGAUAAUGUAUUAUUAUGUUGUUUAGACUUGAAUUGACUAUUAUAUUAUGUAUUAAGUGUGGAUUGAUAAUGUAUUAUUAUGUUGUUUAGAGUUUAAUUGACGAUUAUAUUAUGUAUGAAA